AUGGCAGACGUCUUUCCGCCAUCAUACGAAUCCGCCACUACGCGAGAUGCAUGGCCGAUAAUUGCGCCCUUCGUCCUCGCUGCAGCAGAUCUAUGCUCUGCCUCUCUCGUCUCCCGAGCAUGGCAUUGCAUCUUCGCUCCCAUCUUAUGGGGUGCGCCGGCCUCGCAUUUCGGGGCCAGAAACGACGCUGUCUACGAGAUAUAUGGUGAACCACCGCCGACAUGGUUGCAUGAGUUCCUGGAAUAUCUCCCCAACCUGCAGUCUCUACUCCUUUCGAGGCUCCCCUUCUUCGAUCACAGGUCUCUUGUUGCGCUGGGCAAGGGAAAGCAGUAUAAUGCACGCCUCCUGCUGGCCGAGCGUGAGGCGAAUGCGACACCGGCCGGACUAGUAGCAUUGCUGAACUGCUGCUUGCGCCUGACAUAUCUUGAUCUGUCACAUACUACCACUGCAAGAGACCCGAGGACUAUCCUCGCCUUGCGCCAGCUGAGAGGGCUACAGGUCCUGAAACUACGAGGUAUAGGCUUGCAGGAUGACGACAUAGAAGUCCUAGCAAAGGCAAUUCAGACUCGUGUCAGGCUGCUUGAUAUCCGAGACAACCGUCUCACUGAUAGAGGGCUGAACAUGUUGGUCAACCAUUGUUUCCUGCUGAAUGACGGUGAUGGAGCCAGUAUUCGUGAAAACCUACAUUUUGGUCCAUUGACUGGAGCUCUACUUGCUGAUUCUACCCAGAGUGAACAACUAGGUGAUCAGCUACUAGACCUCUUUACAAGGAGACUGAGCGGUCUUUCAGCACUGGAAGAACUACCUCACGUUGGCCUUACUCAUCUGUAUGUUUCUGGUAAUAAAAUAUCCGUGAGUGGUCUGAUAGACAUUUUGCAUACAAAGAGGUUGAAUGUGCUGGAUGCUGGAGCUCUCAGCCCCGGAAUGGAGAAGCUCAUACCAGAACUGAAGAGCCCAAUUGCCCGGAACCUUACUUAUCUUAGAAUACACCAUUCUAUCCUCAAAAGACAGGGUGAUGUUAAAAAGGAAUUACUCAAGGGUGUGCUCACGGAUGGAAAGGAGUCAUCAAUGAUCCAAAGGCUUCUAGAGAAGCGACCUGCCAUCUAUAAGACCAACACCGAUCAAUCCAUAUAUCUCCAUCCAUCCAACAUUGCGCAUAUCCGAACCCUAGUUCUAACAGAUGUCCCGGCAUUUGUUCCCUCACCUUCUCCAGUUAUUUCCUCCAUAACUCAAUUCAUAUCUGCCUGUGCAGAUGAGGCUCUCCUCGCUUCACUGCAGGCUGAGUCCAAUUACUCCCUCCCCCCAGGCCAGUACCAUGCGAAAGCCGUACAGCAACAUGCAAAGGAACUCUUUGCCCUCCGAGCUAUCGUCUUGGAGAUCUCACCAGGUAAAAAAUUUGAAAAACCAGAAUCUUCGUCCGCUUGGGUCCCUACAGGCUACUACCAGCCAGACACUUUCAAAUCAAGCACUGGAGAUCUAGACUCUGAAAAUCUAUGGGCGGCUGCCGCGAAUGACUUCAGUUUCUUUGACGAAGACGAGACACGUUCUACUUCGAGUUCGUCAGCGGCUUUGCCUCCGGUACGAAUGGUAGAUGUGGUAGUUGAAUUGGCUGCAUUCAGACGAGAGAGACGGGAUGCAUAUGAGAAGAGAGUCCGGAGCACUGGAGAUACGACAAUAUUACCUGCUGACGGCCAUUGGAAGGGAGAAGUAAGGAUCCAGAGGAAUAAUCUUUAA